UCAUGUGACUUUUAUAAACAACACAAGCACUAGUACGAGUAGUAUGCAGUCAUUGAACUAUAAUACUAUCGUAUACACUUUUGGGCAUGCAACGCGAAGCCCAUACGGUAAACUACAUAGAUAAUUAGUGCAGCGAGAGGAGAUUUUUCAAGUUUCAAGCAACGAUCAUGAUGUGAAAAUGGCUUUAAUUCAUCGACUUUUCCAAACUUCUCGUGAAAAGAGGCGCUCCAAUUGCACCUGGGGAUGCGGAGCUUCAAGGAAGGAGAAUUUAGAAUCACCAGAAGUGCUGGUUUCUCAUAAAUGCUGGCAGGCUCCAUUAUUGGAAGAGAAACAGAUCCGACUCGUCGUCAUCAAAGAGUGUGACGUGAAGGGCAAGAAAACAAUCAUCGACUCCAAAGCCAUUCAUAAGGUGGAUCCACAAACCACAGAGACCUCUACCAAUAGAUCAUCACCCCGAUGCAGACAAAAUGUCAACUCAGAUGUCAAGAAUAACAGCAAACCUACGGUCAACUCUCCUCAUAUUGUGGAUGGAUACAAGUACACCCGUCCAGGAUCUGAUGUGAAGAUGCUUGGUGAGAUGCUGUUUGGGUCCAUUCCGAUGAGUUCCAAUGGUCCUAUCAUCAAGGUCCAUACCUUCAAGACGCCGCCCAAGGUCAUGCUGUCAAGGGUCUUCCAACUCAAACCUCCUGAUGAACAAUUGGAAACGGAUGGAGGCGACAAAGACUCUAUUAGCCUGUACUGCGCAGACAUGACCAUACCUAGGAGUAUUAGCACUUCAAGCCUGCCCUCUGUUGAGAUCGCUCGUAGCAUGCCGAUGCCGAUAGCAAUGCCCACACCACCUACCAUUCUGGGACUGGAUGACGAGAGUGGAGAAUUCUCAGCAUCAGGAAGCUUCUUAGCUCCUUUCUUGCCAUCAUCACCAGGCAGUGUCUCAAGCUCCGCCUCCAACGGCAGCCUUCACAGACGAUGGAUAAGAAGCCAGGUCACCAGUAUGGAGACGGUUGCCAGGAGAAGGUCAUCAGAAAAUAUCAAUAACGUGGAAGAGCCAAUCAGACGGAGGAAGCGCUACCCAAAGAUCGGCGUGGCUAUUCUCUUCCAGCUGCCAGAAGCGCCCUCUGGAAGGGAGGACGAGGAGUUCCGGCGAUUCUUCUUCUCUCACUUCUCUCUGCUUGAGGGCCACUUUCAGAGACUGGUGUCCACCAUUGAGAAAGCACUCAGUUAUCAUCGCAAGAGCUUCAUAAGACCUAUAAUGGAGGCCCUUGAGCAUUUCAAGCUGAGCGUGAUUCGGCUAUACACCUCCCCUAGAAUCCAACGACCCAUCUGGCUUAACCUCAUGACCUACCCCCAGCAGAGAGGUCAUCUGUGCGAGCAUCUCGUCCGAGAACUGGGCAGAGUCCUGGAGACGCACAACAGCAAACAGAACAAUUUUUUCAUGAGUCGUCUGAUGACUGGAGUUCUGAUGCACCAUCUUGCCUGGGUUCCCACGGUGAUGCCAGCCGGAGCCACGCCCAGCCGCGCCUUCCUUGAUAAACACUCAUCAACAACUCUAGAUAUACUAGCCAAGUGUCAUCCUUACAAUCCACUCUGGGCACAGUUGGGAGACAUGUAUGGCAACAUCGGGCUUCCGAACAGGGUUGCAAAGACGGUUAUAGUCGGGAAGCGUGCUGAUGUGGUGUGCAGGCUGCUCUACGUGCUAUCCUACUUCAUCCGAUGCAGCGAGGUCCACGAAGUCAACGAGAAGUGCGAAGACAUCAUCAUGGAAUGUCCCGAACUAGCACUGUCUGAAUCGGAUGAUUUGAUUGAUCGUCGAAGGACUUUGACGAAGGAGCUGGUUCUUGCCAAAACAGAGGACAGUGGGAUCGAGGAUGUAGGAGGGUUGACUCAGAGCGAAUCGAGCAAUAAACCGGUGUUCUACAUCCCGGAUAUGCCGAAGGGUAGCGAUAGGCUGUUGCCUACGGAAACCUCAAGUGAUGACGGUGUUGGAUUUGAGAAUGAGGUUCAAGAUGGUGUAGCAUUGAAGAAAUCAAGUUGUAUUCACGAGCUAAAUAGAACUAAUGUAACGCUGUCCAACAGCAGCAAUUUAAGGAUUCACAAUCGAUUUGAGGAGAGCGAUAACGUUUUCAGGGACAGUUCAGAUUCUAGAAUGCCUCAACACAAUCAAGUGGUCGCCGGAGGAGAUACUUGCAAAGUUUCUGAAACAACAGCAAGGUCAAACUCACAAACUGUUCAAAAUGACCAGGGAUCUUCUAUUGUGUGUAAGACUCUAGACAACAGUUUGCUUGAAUCCAAGUUGGAAGUUGCAAUGCCUGUUGGUCGUGCUUCAAGGAACAUCGAAGACCUCCUACGAUUUGACAUUGAUGAACCUGUGAAAGAUUCAUCAAAGGACAGGAAUGAUAGAACGUUAACAAGAAUAUGCGACAGCAACGAAAACGAUAAAUUGUGUGUGAUCCCCAAUCUUGCAAAUGAGAAAUUGUCAAAGUUCCAAGGAUUAGUUGAGAGUGUAUCAAAGCCGGAUAUUGUCUUGUCAACUGAACAUAAGUCAGACUCAAACCACUUGAAAUCACACAAAGUUUCAGACUCCAUAGCAAUUACCACAAACUCUUGUCUGAGAACAGUGGCACCUUCGAACAAGGAGCAUACAGUGGACGCAACGCAGCAUCGGCAUACCUCUUACACUUCUACUCAUACCUCAUGUCAUCACUCGUGCCAAGGUGUUGAACAGAAUCAACAUCAGAUGUCUAGACUCGACUCUACAGAAGGGCCAGGACACUAUGAUCGUUCUCCUGAUUUAUACAAGCGUUCGGUUUCGAGUAUGUCAGCUGUAUCGUGUGCCUCAUCAGCUCUCUCAGAUCAUACUUGUCUGGAUCAUGAAGAACUUCCAUUGGCAUGCUCUGAGCAGAUGUUUGAACUGGAGAUAGAGAAGACCAAGUCCCAUGUGGAUAACUUUGGUCGUUCCCUGCUAGGGGGUUACUGCCAACACUUUGUGCCUGACUUUGCCCUUCAGGGCGUGCCCCAACUGGAUACCAAGAUGGUAGAGAAGAGUCUCAUUGAGUCUGCACAGCACCCAGUCUUGGACGACUCUAACUUGGAAGAUGUGUACCUGGUGGCCAAUACGGACAACUGGACGGUGGAGACUGUGUCUUGCAAGAGGUAUCAAGGAUGUAGCAACAAACCUGUCACUCAGGAUGUAGGAAUCUCUGGACUUGUUGAUCAGCUCCUGGAUUCAGUGAUGCAGCUUAAUCGCAUGAAGCUCUCCUCAGACUUUUGUCUAAUGCACCUAGAGGAUCGUCUACAGGAGCUGUACUUCCAGAGUACCUCGGUAGCCUCCUACCUAGAACACAAGCCCAUGAUCAUGGCCGAAGCCCUCGCUGGAGCCGUGGGCGUCGACUGCACAGAUCUCCCUCUACUAUGGGCCGUAGCGAGUGUCCAUUCACCACACAUCAUUGCUAACGUCAUGAGAGAGACCAUUGAACAACAGCGUCUGUUGCUUCAGCAGGACUCGCCCUGACGGCUUCUAUCUUCACAGGUGUUUCAGGGAGACCAUUGAACAUCAGCGUCUGUUGCUUCAGCAGGACUCGCCCUGACGGUUUCUAUCUUCACAGGUGUUUCAGGGAGACUAUUGAACAACAGCGUCUGUUGCUUCAGCAGGACUCGCCCUGACGGCUUCUAUCUUCACAUGUGUUUCAGGGAGACCAUUGAACAACAGCGUAUGUUGCUUCAGCAGGACUCGCCCUGACGGCUUCUAUCUUCACAGGUGUUUCAGGGAGACCAUUGAACAACAGCGUCUGUUACUUCAGCAGUACUCGCCCUGACGGUUUAUGUCUUAACUGGUGUUUCAGACCUUUCUAGUGACUAGCUGCUGCUGUUGACUCCGGAUUUUCAUCGGAACUUGACACCACCUGACAUCCACCUCAUGGCAUCUGCCACAUAUCCCUGAAAUCCAAGUCCACUUUGUACCUCUUUGUAGGGACUUGCUUGUCUUAUUUAACAUGCAAAUAAUUCAACAACUCUGAGCAAACUGCUAGCAAGAGGGACAGCUGGGGCCCGUUUCAUAAAACUUGUUAUCUAUAACAAAUGCUAAAUUUCUAUGGCAAAUUUGCUCUCAGCCAAUCAGAAGCCAUGAUUUCAGUAGCUUAUAACAGUAGCUUGUAACAUGUUAUUGAUAUCAAGUUUUAUGAAACAGGGCCCAGGUUUACAUGUAUAUCUCAAAUGGAAACAUUCUCAUGAAGAAAUGCUUAAUAUUCUUAUGACGGAUUCAGAAUUGAAUCUUCUAGUGUGCAUAGCAAAGCAGCUCGAAAGUUUCCCAAUGCCCUGAACAUGCAGGCAUCCAAAAUUCCUUAAUUUUAAAUACUCCUUUGCAAGAGAACCAUCCUUGCGAUAACCUGCUGCAUGAGAUUGGUGUUUGCAUAUAGAUACAGAGCAGGUGAUUCUUUCUCUAGCGAGAAUGUGAUGACUAUAAAGCUAUUUUAUUGGGCUCUAUAUUCAAAGGACUGCUAUUUGAAAUUCAUAUAAGAAUAUCUUGAAAAUCACAACUAUUUUGCAACCACAUUACACACAUGGGAAUGUUUCAAGUUGCCAGCCAAACAAAUUUAUUCAGAAUUAAAGUUGUUGAGAGCGAAGUCGAAGGAAAACUAUUUUGAAAUAGCUUCUUUGCGGUAGUUUUGAUUAAUUACUUUGGCUAGAUAAGAAUCGAAGUGAUUGAAGAAAAUUAAUCAAUUAGCAGUAGAAUAUUUCUAUUCACUUGUAUCUAGAUUUCCUUUUCAUAUGAAAAUUAUCUAUUAUGGAAAUACAUAUGUAAUUAGGAUCGUAUUUAUUCACAUCGUGCAAUUUUUUGUUAGAUUUAUACAUGGAAAUGUGCGUAUUUGCACUGUGUUGUUCCUUUACUGGAAAUGUUUCACAGCCAUUUGGCUGCCUCUAUCAAAUCAUUAGUUGAGAGCCAGAAAGAUGUAAGCUUUUGAUAUCAGUCAAGGCCCUUCUGGCUCUCAGCAGAUUGUUAAACUGCCUCUUAACUACCUUUAGUGUUUGGCCAUACUGUGAGAAAGCUAAUGAUUUUGAGCUGUAUUUAACAAAAACAUUUGAUAUUUAAGUAAUUAAGGUAUAUCAAUGUAGAGGUGUCGUGGAGGAAGGCACUGAUGAGUGGGAGCAAUCGAUGUGAUAUAACUAGGUAACUGAUACCUGUAGGGCCUAUCACCAUCUCCUCGCUUUUUCCCUUUCCUUUUUUCCAUCUCCCUUGUUUUCUCUUAUUCAUUUUUUUUUUUUGGGGGGGGGAGGAGGGAUGUGCCCACUGUGCCUCCUCUGUAAGUACGCCAAUGUGCCCGGGUAUCAUGACAUGAGCAGUGAAGAUCUCAUUUUCAGAGUUUGCUCGAAAAAACUUGUUCAAUAUUUUCAUUGGUGUACAAUGAUGGUGAAUUUCCAGUACUAUACAUGUAUAUCAAUUAAUGCAUUUCAUGAUAUUAUGUUCAAGCUUUAUUAUCACAUAAUAUUUGUAGGCAUAGAAUACUGAAAUUAUUUCAAAUGUUGACUGUGAAAUGAAUAUUACUUAUUUAUGCAGGAAGAGAUUGUUAACUGAUAUGUAUUGAAAAAUAAAAGCACAUUUAUUUUGCAAUUAAAUUUGAUGUAUAAGGGCGUAAAUAGUAUUAUAACAAAUGGCUCUUCUUUUUAAAGUUAUGCAUUGAAUUUUCUUUCUUUCCUAGCAAUUUCCAAUUUGGCUUGUCUACUGCUUGAGGGGAAUUCCCUUUUGGAAAGACAAUGUCUGGGAUAUUUCUGUCUUUCUGUCUUUCUUUCUUUUUUCCUUUCUUUAUUUCUUCCUUUCUUUCCGCUCUCUUCCUUUUUUUGCUUUCUUUCUGUUUCUGCUUUCUUUCUUGAUUUCAUUUCUUUCAUUCUUUCUAUCUGCCUUUGUUUACAGAGUAAACUCGGCUCAUAUAAUAGAAAGAGCAUUUUGAAAGUAUUGAAAGAUUCAAAACGUUUCAAUUCGUGGAUAUGCAAAUGCAUAUUCAAAUCAACUGAAAUGUAGAAAAAGAGAAAAAGAAACUACCACUAUUCAGGCUUCUUGUUGAAAGACUGGAAUAUGUUGAAUGAAAGAAAACAUUAUUUAUUACAAUAUUCUCAGCUGUUGCAUUUCUUUGAGUUAGACGGGAAAAAAAAUCACAUCUUAAAUCUGAGAUAAAUGAAAUAAUUUUGUUUCAUAUUCAAUCACUGCCUUACUUCAUGCUUGCUUUGUUAAUAAAUUUAUGGCCAUAUAUUGUAAUUAUCUGUAGAUUACUGUAUCAAGAUUACUUGAUAAUUUGUUGUUUGUAUUUACUUGAUAUGCAAUCCAAUGAUCAGUUUAUUACUACAGAGUUAAGUAAACACAAAAAUAUGAAUAUAUAAUUUAUUAUUUCAUGAUGAAACUUUUCUUUUUAUGAUAUCUGAUGUAUUCUAGUAAAGUAAGAAUCUUACUCUAUAUUUCUUUCUCCACCCUCUCUCUCUCUCUCUCUCUCUCUCUCUCUCUCUCUCCACUCCCUCCCUCCCUCCCUCUCUGUUGCUAUAUUUAUCUAUAUUUAUCUUUGUGACUCCGUUCGAUCUCUUCUCAUUUAUAUAUAUACUCAAAGGUGUCCUACAUUAAUGUUUGAUAAUAGACUGCUAGUAUGUGAUUCAAAUCAAACCAUUUUGUUACAUUGUCAGUUACAAUUUCUCUUUCAUUAUCACAUAUUAUUCCUAUAGUCUACCUAGACAAUCUUUUCUAAAAAAAAAAUUCUUUUGCUACUCCUUUCUCUCCAGUUUCUCUUGAAUUUGAUUUCUAUAUUCUUCUAAAACAUUUUCUUUUUCAAGACAUGCAAAGAUAGUCCAUUUCAAAUAUCUGACUUCCCUUUUUCUUUUUCGUAUGCACUUGUUUAAAUUUUGUUUUGUUUUUGACCUCAAAAGAGUGAUUUUGUGGCCUUGGAAUAUUUAUUUAGACAGAAAAUAUUUACGGUAGACUAACCAGAUAUUUUUGCAGGUUUCAAAAAUAUUCUUGUAGAAGUAGUAGAUAUGACAUAUAUAUUUGAAUGUAAAGUCUUGGGCUGGGACAUUUCAGUCUUGAGAUACAUAUUCAGUAGUUACAGGGAGUGAAUGAAGCUCUAAUACAAAAAAAUAAAGUGCAAAUCACCAUUGGUGAAGUAUUAUACAAAAUGU